UUCCCAUAUAUUCUCAACGCCAUAUAAAAGUUCCUGUCUGUUAAAGCUCCUCAUUCAGUCGACUUUUAUCUUCUGAAUGUGUUUCCAAUGGAUGAGAAGGAUUUAUCAAUAUUUCCGACGGAGAUGUUCCCGACAGAACAGGGGCUACAGCAAUGAGAUCUCCUCACACCACAGAGGCUCAUCAAACAUCGAGGGACAUGGCUCCUUCUUCUGCGGUGGGGAAGGCUCGAUCACCUACAGCCGGGAAGCUGCAUCCUUCCAGCCCAUGCCAACAUCAUCCAGCUACAGUAUUGAAGGGGAGUACACAUGCGGAGGAGAUGGAUCUGUAGUAAUAACCAGUGGUGACAGCAGGGGAACAUCUGACUGGGGCACUGGAGGGAGGACAGGCCCAGUCUACAGUACCAGAGGGGACAUCAGAGGCAGUGGGGACAUCUCUGUGAGAAGAGUCUCUGUAUACGGAUACGACGCACCACUGAGUGCAGGGGCAGGUGGUGGUGGACCAGGAUACUAUAGUGGAGGAAUGGGCUGUGAUGUCAGGGGAUACUCAGGUCCACAGUUCAGCUCCGGAGGUGGUGAGUCCUCCCAGGCCAUGCAACAGAAAUGUCCCGUGAUCAUUCCCAACGUCGAGGACCAACAGUGCAAGAAGAGCAGCCACUGGCCCCCGAGACAGAAGAAAUGAUCUACCCAGCGGCUGCCUCUGCUCAAGUAAAAGUGCCCUGGAUAUGCCACAAUGCGGCUUUUCCCCAACCAUGUCAUUAUGGUCAGAGAGCUUCGCAUUCCUCGUGUUGGGCUGUUACAGAUGCUGCUGCAAGCACUGAUGGGAAAAGCGAUUAAUGUGUUGGUGACAGGGAAAGAUGCUUCUCUCCUUUUCCUCAUUAGUUGGAAAAUAAAACUUCACAGUUUGUGGAAAA